AUGAGAAUGAUGAAUUAAAGAGUUGAUUAGAUGGAUUUUAUUUUAUUUAAAUUUUUUUUAAAAUAAUUAGCAAUGAGCAAGCUCCAAGGUGAAUAAUUGAAGAAAUACAUCCAUGAAAUGUUGACAGAGAGAAAGAAGAGAAACUUUAAAGAGACCACAGAGUUGUAAAUUUAAUUGAGAGAUUACGAUGUCUAGAAGGACAAGCGUUUCUAAGGCUCAACACGUUUGUUACAUGCCCCUUACCCUAACAUCAAAAUCGGUGUUAUUGGUAAUUUAACUCAUUGCGAUCAGGCCAAGGCCCUCGGUCUCACCGCGAUCGAUCAAGACGGCCUGAAGAAGUUCAACAAAGAGAAGAAGCCAAUCAAAAAGUGGUGCAAACCUUUUGACAUCCUCAUUGCCUCUGAAUCCCUCAUGAAAGUUAUCCCAAGACUUGUUGGUAAUGUCUUCACCAAGAUCGGUAAAUUCCCUAUUGCCAUCCCUGAAACCGAAUCAGUCAGCAGCAAAGUUAACGAAGUCAAGUCUUCAGUCAAAUUCCAAUUGAAAAACACAUUGUCCCUUGGUACAGCCUUCGGUACUGACGAAAUGUCCGAAGAUUAACUCAGAUAAAACUUGAGUACAACCAUCAACUUCUUGGUUUCCCUCUUGAAAAAGGGAUGGUAGAAUGUUGGCACGCUCCACAUCAAGACCUCCAUGGGUAAACCAAUUAAAAUCUAUGGAUGAUAUUUUCAGAAAUUCGUACAUUAAACAAUAAUAUUUUCUACAUAAUAAUAUAUAUA